AUGGCGUCUGGUUAUGGCUAUAGCGGCGGUCCUGGGCGUUGCUUCCCCUUCUGGCAGGAGGUCCUGGCCUGCUACGUCGUCAAUUCAUCUCCCGAAGACCGAUCCGGGGCCCAGAAAUGUGGCCUAGCCCUUGAGGACUACUACGAGUGCUUGCACCAUAAGAAGGAGGCUGCCCGAGUUCGUGCGCUCCAAGGUGCCUUUCGCAAAUCCGAAUCCGCGAGUCCCCGUGAUAAUGCGCCGACGGCUGGUGACAUACGCAACCUAGGCUUAAUAGGCAAAGACGACGUAUCGAAGCAAGUUCUGAGUUCGUAA